ACUGCACUUCCAAGUGCAAUUUCAAGUGCAUUUGUAGUGCAAAGUGGAUUUACCUUUCUUAAAUAACCCCCCACUGUGUACUUGUUUGCAUCUCAUUAUACUUCAAACGCAUGCGCAAGCAACCUAAACGUUGUUUUUGAUGGAGUGGGGAAAGUUUACAACCAGUCAGGUAUUUAUUACUCUCUGUACCAUCAUGAGGAAGGUUUGAUCUCGCCUCUCAUCAGCCAAAGGAAAUCGCCCCAAUGCAUCCCACCUAUUCACCAGAACAGGCGACCAUUCUGGAAGAUGUUCCCUCUACGUUUGCUGUGGUGACAUUUCAGUUUUUUCCCUGAACUCUGUCAUGACUACUGUGGUCACCGUGACAAAUGGUAAAGUUGGAACUCAUUAAUAUUGUUGCAGACAGCAGUCUAUGUUUAUAUUCCAAACGCUAAAAAGGAAAAAAACUUUUGGUUGGAGAGUCCCUGAUAAAUUGAGAACGCAGCAUCAGAAGGUCUGUUCUGUCCCUGGAUCCCAUUAAUGCAGAAUAUUAGAACAUAUGGGACAAUGUAGUCUACCACUUUACACUUAUGGUUUUGGGUUCAUUAAGGCCGGGUUCAAAUGUGUGAAUUGGAUGCGAGUUUCCCCCGAAUACAAUUGGCAUGACAUGCGAGUGUGACUGACUCUCAAUGGAGCCGGUUCACACAUCUCUGGGGUGGCCACGGAGCGGAUUGUGCGUGUUUUUGGUUUCGAGUUCAGGUGAAAAUUCAGGCAAAAAUUCUGUGCUGAACCAGUGAAAAGACAGGCAUCGGACCCCAGGCACCAACCUGUGGCCACACAUGUGUGAACCCGGCCUAAGUUUUACGUUUCAGAUUGUGUAAAUGGCCAUGUAUGAAAUUUUAGCUCAAUUAUAGUCAGUGUGUAUUGUUUUUUAUUUUUUUUUUCUAAUCGUACAUACAUGGUUACUAAUUAUUUUAUUGUUCCUCAUAAAUAUUUAGGAGCCAGAAGGUGUUGCAAGGAGAUAGAGAUGUUGCAGGUCUGAUUCAUGAAGCUCUGGCUGGCAGUUGCACAUUGAAGUCAAGUACAAUGCAAAACAAAUGGCCCUGCAUUGUAUGAGAGGACGACAAUGUAUCGUUCACAACGUGAAGCAGAGGGAGAAGAGCUGAACAUCGGAGCGAUGGAUAAUAGGAAUGCUGGAAGCAGUUCGGACGGGACAGAAGAUUCCGAUUUCUCUACAGACAUGGAGCACACAGACAGUUCUGAAAGCGAUGGAAAUUCCCGGGGACCUGCGCGCAUUACACGAUCCACUGCAAGACUCAGCCAGAGCUCGCAAGAUUCCAGUCCGGUUAGCAAUCUGCAAUCGUUUGGUGCAGAGGAGCCGGCCUACUCCACCCGGAGGGUGACCCGCAGCCAGCAGCAGCCCACCCCCAUGACUCCGAAAAAAUACCCACUCCGACAGACCCGCUCAUCGGGAUCGGAAACCGAGCAAGCGGUGGACUUUUGUGACAGAGAUGCUAAAAACGCCGGGGAUCAUGACGAAUCCCCACCUCGCACUCCUACUGGAAAUGCACCGUCGUCGGAGUCUGAUAUAGACAUUUCAAGCCCCAACGCUUCUCACGAUGAGAGCAUUGCCAAGGACUUGUCCAUGAAGGACUCUGGGAGUGACCUGUCUCAUAGACCCAAGAGAAGACGAUUUCAUGAGAGCUACAACUUUAAUAUGAAGUGUCCCACCCCCGGCUGCAACUCUUUAGGGCACCUCACUGGGAAACACGAGAGGCAUUUCUCCAUCUCCGGCUGCCCGUUAUACCACAACCUGUCUGCGGACGAAUGCAAGAAUUGUGAUGAAUUUCAGGUGAGAGCACAGAGUCGUGACAAACAGGUGGAAGAGCGGAUGCUGUCCCACAGGCAGGAUGACAAUAACAGGCAUGCCACACGCCACCAAGCUCCCACGGAACGUCAACUUCGGUACAAAGAGAAAGUCACAGAAAUGAGAAAGAAGAGGAACUCAGGCCUAACCAAAGAACAGAAAGAGAAGUAUAUGGAGCAUAGACAGAACUAUGGUAAUACCAGAGAGCCACUCUUGGAAAACCUGACCAGUGAGUACGAUCUGGAACUUUUCCGAAGGGCCCAGGCAAGAGCCUCGGAAGACUUGGAGAAGCUGCGCUUGCAAGGCCAGAUAACUGAAGGAAGCAACAUGAUUAAGACUAUAAUCUUUGGUCGAUAUGAGCUGGACACCUGGUACCACUCUCCGUAUCCAGAGGAGUAUGCACGCCUGGGCCGGCUCUACAUGUGUGAAUUCUGUCUAAAAUAUAUGAAGAGUCAGACUAUCCUCCGAAGACACAUGGCAAAAUGUGUGUGGAAACACCCUCCUGGGGACGAGAUCUAUCGGAAGGGAUCCAUCUCCGUUUUUGAAGUAGAUGGAAAGAAGAACAAGAUUUAUUGCCAAAACCUGUGCCUUCUUGCAAAGCUUUUCCUGGACCACAAAACACUGUACUAUGAUGUGGAACCAUUCCUUUUCUAUGUCAUGACUGAAGCAGACAAUACCGGCUGCCAUCUUAUAGGCUACUUCUCAAAGGAGAAAAACUCAUUUCUGAACUACAAUGUGUCCUGUAUCCUGACAAUGCCACAGUACAUGAGACAGGGUUUUGGGAAGAUGUUAAUAGAUUUCAGUUAUCUACUUUCCAAGGUGGAGGAGAAGGUGGGCUCCCCUGAGCGUCCCCUCUCUGACCUGGGCCUUAUAAGCUACCGCAGUUAUUGGAAGGAAGUUCUGCUACGCUAUCUGCACACCUUCCAGGGCAAAGAAAUUUCCAUUAAAGAAAUUAGCCAGGAAACGGCAGUGAAUCCUGUGGACAUCGUAAGCACUUUGCAGGCCCUACAGAUGCUCAAAUAUUGGAAGGGAAAACACCUUGUACUAAAGAGGCAGGAUCUAAUUGAUGAAUGGGCAGCAAAAGAAGCAAAGAGAAGCAACAGCAAUAAGAUAAUGGAUCCUAGCUGCCUAAAAUGGACACCACCUAAAGGAACAUGAACAGCAUGAUCUGUCCCACCCAAAACCUCUGCAGUCUCCUGUCACGUCUGUGGAUUUCCGGCAUGGACCAACACCUCUAACCACAGAAGCUUUAUUUCCUUUGGAUGUCCUGUGAAUCUACCAUCUCUUCAGCUAAAGCCACAUCUUCAUAGAAGUUCCUUCCUGCAAUGUGACACAAGCUUUCAUACAACUUACAAGCCCCAUUCUCUGCCAGCCACAGCGAGGCGUGCUGGGUUUGUAGCUUAGACAUUUGGAGUUCAGCUUUUAGUUUUCCUAUUUAAAGUGCUUUUUUAUUUUCAUGAAUUGAUCCAGAUUUCAAUAUCUUGGGUGUAAUGAUCUUUUACCUUUAGUUCUACAUGGUGCAUUUUCUAGAGUUUAGGAGGACAUGUCCGUUUUUCUAUCAGUUGGUUUGACGCAAGACAUGAAAUUUAGUAUGGAAUCUGUCUACAGGACUUCUAUUUGCUUUAGAAACUACUGUCAUGUUCUACGGUGUCCAUUUUAGGACAUACCUUCUUACAUAUGUAGUCUUCCUUUACCUCAUCCUUUCUAGCAAAGCCACCACCUCCCUGCUACAUUUUUAACAAGCGGGUAUCAGAACAUCUGUAUUACUUUACCUUUUUCCUGUGGUGUCCUAAUUUGGCAUGGCAUAGGGUGCUGCCAUUUUCACUUUCUGGUUGGGACUUUUGUAGGGGAAGGGGUUCAAAAUAUCGUGAUCUCACAUUCGCUUUGUUGGUAUUGCUGGAGCUUUUAAUCAGCACAGGCAACUCCCAUGUGAUUCCCAGCAACUGCGAAGGGAGGUCACUGUUCUCGGAGAACUUUUUAAAUCUGCUCAAAUGUCCUGUCCAGUUUGUGAGAGCGAAUCCUCUGAAAGUGGUAAUUUUAUGCUAAGAUACGCUUGUAGAUUUGUGACUGUGUUCCCAAUGAGUACAAGUACACCUUCAGUCCAUGCUCAGUUUUCUUGGUCAGGGGAGGUAUGGCUUUGCUGGGAGUUGCUUCAAAGUUAGUGAUAUCAAAGAACAGUACUGUCUAAUGCGGAGACCACAGCCCUCAGAUGAGGGAUUGUAUCAUUUUUAUCUUCACAAAGGGGUAUCUUAAAGAAAAGCCAAAAAAAAAGCGUACAAGAAAAUGUCCAUAAUUUGCUUCAAACUGAUAGAUGAACAAUAUGUAUUCCAAAGGUGAUCUAUUUUCUUAGAGAUGGUGUAAAUGGCAUAAAGUGGUGCUAGUUGGGUCCAUUGUCUCUUGCGAUAGGAAGCGGAGCUUUCUACAUUAGAAGUCUUCUACCUGCCAGUACAAGCAUAUUUUUAUUUUUUUGACAACCUGCUUUCCAUGUAUCGGGUGUACUUAAAGUGUUACUAAACCCACAACAGUAAAAACAGUCUGUAUAUGCAGUAAAGCAUGC